CACAAUGGUUAUACAUGAUAGGUGAAUGACAAUGACAGUGACAUUGUCAUUCACGUAUCACGUACGAUUCACUAAUCAGUAAUCACCAGUAAUCACGUUCCUUAAAUAGUAAAUACGUUACAGCCAGUUACAACAAAUUGGAUUUGGGUAACCCUCUUCGAUCUAUAAAAAAAUAUUGACUAUUUUAGUAUUCAGCUUUGGUAUUCAGUACAUAGUCAUAUCCCUAUUUACGUGUAUUUAUAUUUCAAUAGUGGUUUCGUCCAUUUAUAUAUCAAUAUGUUGGAACCUUGGAAUGAUGCCUCUCUAUUACCUCCGCCAAUUCAUACUGCUACAAGCACUGUUCGAGUUGAUGUCAUGGAACUGAAACACACAUGUGAGAAUAUUAUGAUGAUAUUGUCAAAACAGUCACCAUUACACAAAGAAGGUGCCUUAUUAUCCAGAUUCCUAUACAAGUUUGAUAAGAAAUUCCGAGGUGACAUUGGCUACAGAUAUUUCAAAAAAGUGAACACAGGACUCCAUAGAUAUUUAGUUCUAAAUUUCUUAAAAGACAUAGAGAGCUUUAUGUCAGUGUUGCCCAGAAGUGAUGACGAAUACUUGCCUACAAGACAGAUGUUGGAGUAUAUUUUAGUGCGAUUGCUGACAUUCUCAAAAAUUCUGUUAAGGAUUUCAGUGUGUUCAAAGCAGGCAGCUGUGUUUUAUUUAGACAGACUGAAGAGAGGUGAAAGUUAUUGGAUGUGUUUAAUGCCAUACGCUUUACUAAGCAGAGUGUGGUCUAUAAGUAAAGUGCUCUUGAAUCAUUCAACAAGAUGGUACAGGAUUUUGUAUUCUUAUCUUGACAAGUUGAAACUGCAAGGACUGCAAUUCUUACCCAGUCAGUACAAACUACCUGGUGAUAUUGAAAUUUGGUUGGAUUUGAAAAAUGUGGAUAAUUUAGGGAGAUUAGAAUGGUCACAAAAAAAACUACAUAAUUUGAAUAUCCCUUUGGAUGGUGAUAGUGACAUGUUUGACAACAUUAUUAAAUUUGUAGAAACUAGUGAGGAAAAGUUAGAACCCGAAGUGGCUAGUACGAGUGGAAAUAUGCAUGAUUCUGAUCAAAUAAAAAUAUCCAGCAAACUUGAAACAGACCAUGGUGAAGCAAUAUCCAGAGAGAGUUUUAAUAUUUUGUGCAACUUGCAAAAAGGAAUUGUUUCGGACCAUUUUUUCCCAAAAGUAUAUAAUAGAUAUAGUUUACAAAAAUUUAUUGACAAGGAAUCAGAUUUAAGAAAUGGGAAUAGUAGACUUUCACUAACAAGUCACUUGAGUUUUAUGCAGUGGCAAGUUCUAAAAGAGUCUUUGUCAAAACUCUGCAAAUCUUCAGCAGAUAAUAGUAAAAUUGAAAAGAAAGCCCAGAGGAUUUGGAAAGACAAAUGCUUAGAUUAUCUUGAAUAAAAACAACUUAAAAAUUACUUUUAUUAUUAAUA